UUGAAAACAACUUGAAUGAAUUUUGUUGUUCUAUAGAUCAUUAUAACAUCUGUUUUUUUUAAAUACUGGCAAUAAUCAUCCAUAAUUGAUAAUGGCUAGAUGAAAUUAUGAUUGACAAAAUACUACGACGACGAUUAUGAAAAUUGUUUCCUGCCGUUUUUUAUUUGGUUCCUUGAUUCUACUCUUGGUGGAUACAUUAUGGGUAGCAAGCUCGGAAAUGACCGAAUAUUUAUAUCAUGAAAAAAAUUUCAAUAAACCAUUUUUUACCGCCUAUAUAAAAGGUGUUAUGUUUUCGUUAUAUCUUUUUGGUUUCAUUUUUUUCGAUUCAUGGUGGACACAAAAAAAUCAUCUUAAUCCCGGUGAUUAUUAUUCCAUUGUUUCUGAUUCAGAUCAACAGAAUUUAACACUUGAUGAUGAUGAAGAUGAAGAAGAAGAAGAUGAUGAUGAUGAUGAUGAAGAUUCUGAUGAUAAUAAUGAUCGAACGACAGAAAAUGUAAUGAAAAAUUCAAACAUUUCCGAUGGUAUGGCUAUUAAUAGUUCGUCGAAGGAUAUGGAAUCAGUGAAAUCAUCAAAUUCACAUUUUCUCAGUGAUUCAGUUUGGAUUCCCAUCAAACGAUGUAGUGAUACUAGUUCUUUGAGUGGAAAAAGUAGUGAAACUGAAGAUGAUGAAAGUGUAUCCGGUGAUGGCCACGUUUUUAUUGAUAAUAAUCCAUCAAAUGCUAUAUUAAUUGGUGAUUCGAAAAAUAAUUCCACUAAAAACAACAAAAACAAAAACAUAUCAUCAUCAUCAAAUGUUAAUUUUAUCAAGAAAACAUCAUCAUCAUCGAAACGUUCAAAAAGUAAAAUGAAAGAAAAAUUAAAAUCAAAAAGAUUAGUACGAUUUUCCAAUCUGAUUGAAGUACGACAAUUAUCAGAUAAACAUGCUGAUGAUGCAUUCUUAUCACGUCUUUCAUAUUCAUCAUUUAUGCGUGUCUUAUAUCAACGUAAUCGUCAACGAUUACAUUCAAAUACGAAUGAAUUAACCGGUAAUAAUCAAUCAACCUCACCUUUGUCAUCAUCUAAUUAUGGUCAUCAUCAUCAUCAUCAUCAUCAUGAUCAUACCAAUAAAUUAACUAUACGUGAAACAGCUAUAUUGGCAUUUUAUUUUACUUGGAUUUGGUUUGCAGCUCAUCUUAGUUUCCAUAUGGGACUUCAAUAUAGUGAAGCUGGUCUGGUGAAUGUAUUGUCCAGCACAACACCAUUAUUUACAUUAUUAUUAGGAAUUUUAUUUCCAUCCGGUUCAGUUACUGAUUCAUUAUCAUUGACCAAGUUAUUAUGUGUUCUUUUAUCUAUUUCAAGUGUUGCAAUGAUCUCUAAUAUUGAACCGAUUAAUCCACAUCAAUCAUCAAAUCAACCAUUUCAAGCCAAUAAUUUAGCCACCAUCAAUAAUAAUCAUAACAACAAUAGUGGCAAAUUAAAUAUGGCCAACAAUGAAACAAUACUACCAUUAGGUAGUAUCUGGUCAUUAUGUGGAGCAUUUUUCUAUUCGGUUUAUAUUGUUUUAAUGCGUUAUAAUCUAGUACAUGAUUCAAUGUUGAAUUUUCCAAUGUUUUUUGGUUUUAUUGGAUUGUUCAGCAUGAUUUUCAUGUCACCAUUUUUAAUGUUAUUAAAUUUCACACAUAUUGAAACAUUUCAAUGGCCUUCACAAGAUCAAUGGAUUUUGAUUCUAGUCAAUGGUCUAUGUGGUACAGUUAUAUCGGAAUUAUUAUGGCUUCUUGGAAGUUUUAUGACCUCAAGUUUAGUGGGCACAAUAUCCGUAUCAUUCACAAUACCGAUGGCCGUAUUUUUCGAUAUAUUCUAUAAAAAUAUUGAAUAUCCACGAGUAUUCUUUUUAGGUACAAUACCAAUGUUUUUUAGUUUUAUUAUCGUUAUAUUUAUUUCACAAUAUGAACGUUGGGAUCCAAUAUUGGAAAUACUUGAACGUUGCCUUUAUUCAAUUGGUUCAUCACCAAGAAAAACAUUCAAUUGUUCAACAGGUACUAUACGAUUGGAAGAAUCAUUGAAUGAGAUAAGAAAAAGUGAUAAUGGUGAUGAUGAAAAGAAUCACAAAAAUACAAAUCAUCAUCAUCAUCAUCAACAACAUUCCGGUAAAAAUAAUCACUCCACUAAAAAUGAAACAACAAUGGACCAAAUUAUUGACACCACAAACAAUAUCGAAAUGAAUACAUGUGAUUCUCAUAACAAACAUUCAAACAAUCAUCAAUUACCAUCAUCGUCCACAUCAACUUCCAUACGUCAUUAUCAAUUUAAUAAACAACGAAUUGCUGAUCAAAAUAAUCAUCAUAAUGAUCGUCAUGAUGAUGAUGAUGAUGAACAUAAUGAACAGACAAAAUCAUUGAUUGAAGCAGCAGAAGCUGAUGCUGCUUCAUCAUCAUCAAAAAUUUGA